UGCGGGAGCCCGGCUCCCGCCGGAGGAGAGGACAGCCAGCGCCGCGGCCACUUCGGCCCGGGCCCGGGUGUCGGCCCCGCCCCGGGCCCCGGCCCCGCCAUGAAGUGUCACUACGAGGCGCUGGGGGUGCGGCGCGACGCCAGCGAGGAGGAGCUCAAGAAGGCCUAUCGGAAGCUGGCCCUGAGAUGGCACCCGGAUAAAAAUCUGGAUAAUGCCGCAGAAGCAGCUGAGCAGUUUAAAUUAAUCCAAGCAGCCUAUGAUGUGUUGAGUGACCCUCAGGAAAGAGCAUGGUAUGAUAAUCAUAGAGAGGCCUUACUUAAAGGAGGGCUUGAUGGAGAAUAUCAAGAUGACAGCUUAGAUUUGCUUCACUAUUUCACUGUUACCUGUUAUUCUGGUUAUGGAGAUGAUGAAAAGGGUUUUUAUACAGUGUAUCGUAAUGUUUUCGAAUUGAUUGCAAAAGAAGAACUAGAGUGUGUGUUAGAGGAAGAUAUUGAGGAUUUCCCAACUUUUGGAGACUCCCAGAGCGACUAUGAUAUGGUAGUGCACCCCUUCUAUGCUUAUUGGCAGAGUUUCUGCACACAAAAGAAUUUUGCUUGGAAGGAAGAAUAUGAUACACGGCAAGCCUCAAACCGCUGGGAAAAACGAGCCAUGGAAAAGGAAAACAAAAAAAUCCGAGACAAAGCAAGGAAAGAGAAGAAUGAGCUGGUGCGCCAGCUGGUGGCUUUCAUUCGUAAAAGGGACAAGAGAGUGCAGGCUCAUCGGAAACUGGUGGAGGAGCAAAAUGCCGAGAAGGCGAGAAAGGCAGAGGAGAUGCAGCGGCAGCAGAAGCUGAAGCAGGCCAAACUGGCGGAGCAGUACAGAGAGCAGAGUUGGAUGACUGUGGCCGAUUUGGAGAAGGAGCUCCAGGAGAUGGAGGCACGCUAUGAAAAGGAGUUUGGAGAUGGAUCAGAUGAAAAUGAAAUGGAGGAAAAGGAGCCCAAAGAUGGAGUGGAUGGUAAAGACAGCGAUGAGGCUGAGGAGGCUGAGCGUUAUGAUGACCUUUACUGCCCAGCUUGUGACAAAUCAUUUAGGACAGAAAAGGCCAUGAAGAAUCACGAGAAGUCCAAGAAGCAUCGGGAAAUGGUCGCCUUGUUGAAACAACAGUUGGAGGAGGAAGAAGAACAUUUUUCAGUAGCUCAAACAGAUGAAAAUCUAUUGAAUGCCAAUUCUGAAGGAGAAAUGGAAGAUGCACCAAAGCAAAAACUUUCUAAAAAGCAGAAGAAAAAGAAACAGAAAUCAGCACAGAAUUAUGAUGACAAUUUCAAUGAAAAAGUAACUGAAGAAAGAGUCAAGGCUGAUCCAAAAGACAUUAACUUAAAUGAAGACAAUGCCAAAGAACCAGAGGAUAGUCCUCAAGAAAAUAUCUGUGUUACAGAGACCAUCGAAGCCAGUGAUGGUCCAAAAAGUGAAGCUCAAAGUGUUCUUAAACCCAAAGGAAAGAAAACCAAAGAUGUGAAAAAAUCUGUCAAAGCACCUGCUGAAUCACAAACAGUGAGUGAUGUUCUUAUCAGCUGUACAACCUGCCAUAGUGAAUUUCCAUCCCGAAAUAAGCUUUUUGAUCAUCUCAAGGCUACUGGUCAUGCAAGAGCACCUUCCUCCUCAUCAUCUUUAAACAGUGUAACAAGUAGUCGAAAUAAGAAAGAGAAGCGUAAGAACAGAUAGAAAUUCUGCCAGUAUUUUUUUUUAAAACUGUCUCAAGAUUGUCAAACCAAAAACUGAACUGAAAUCAUCUAAAGAGUUAAAAUUUCAGUGAUCUGCAAUUUAUUGCAUUGUGAAAGAUUUUUAUUUUAUAAAGACAUUUUUGUUUAAUAUA